ACCACUUCCAUUUACCCAAAAAAUAUUACUAGAACACUUUCGAAAUCGAACAUGGGCUCCGGCACGGUCGGAAUGGCACCGCCGCCGGGCUUUAUCCCCGGAACGGUCCACUUGGUUGAUCUUGAGGGCACGAUGGCCUCGCGGCAUGCUGAGGGAAGCGGAAGAGACAUUGUCUUGAUUCCAACACCAUCAAAUGACCCUGAUGACCCAUUGAAUUGGAGCCCCCGUAGAAAGUAUCAGCUCCUUGCAUGCAUUUGUGUGUAAGUCAAUUCCAGUGGACAAUGCAUCUGCACGCUUUCUUCCAAGCUAAUUCAAUGGCACUAUAUUGCAGGUACUGCCUCGCAGUGGGAAUCGCAUCGGCCGCGAUCUACUCUGUUCUCGUGCCGAUAUCCACCGCGACCGGUCUGACCCUGGCAGACUUGAACUCCGGAACUGGGUACAUGUUUCUGGCAUUUGGCUGGGGUUGUCUGGUAUGGCAACCACUUGCCCAGAAGUUCGGCAAACGGCCCGUGUACCUGUUUACUCUGUUAGGGAGUAUGGCCAUCAUGCUGUGGGCUCCAUAUGCUACCACCAGCAGUAAUUGGAUUGCGAACAAAGUUUUGCAAGGAUGGAUCGGAGCCCCUAUAGAGUCUCUUUGCGAGAUCUCCAUUGCUGACGUGUGGUUCACACACGAGAGAGGUACUUACAUGGGCUUUUAUGCCCUGUUCUUAGUGGGGAGUAACUUCCUCGCACCAGUCAUUGCCGGAUUCGUGAAUGACGGCCAAGGCUGGGAAUGGGUUCUACACUGGUGUGCCAUAUUCUGCGGAGCUGGCUUCGUUAUAUGUUUCUUCUUCAUGGAAGAGACCAACUACCAGCGGAUGGACGUGUUGGCAGCGGAACCCUAUCAAGUAGACUACACACCAUCAGCAUUCGAGAAAGGGUCCAAAGAUCCAUCCGACUCGGAUCGAGUCGCCCCUGUCCAGACGCCCCCCAGCCCUGAACCGAUAAUGACGAAAAAGACGUACCUCGACAAGCUCAAAAUGUUCAGAAACAAAGACAUCAACCACCACGCGUCGCUUGUAGAGAUGGUGGUCAGGCCAUUUCUUUACUUUCAAUUCCCAUCAAUCGUAUUCGCCGGCUUCAUGUACGGAGCUGUCGUUUGUUACUUCAAUGUUUUGAACGGGACUGCAUCGUUGAUCUUAUCGAGCUCGCCUUACAACUUUAGAUCAAGCAUUGUCGGACUAUCGUACAUAUCCUGUUUGAUCGGAGUCGGCAUUGGAACAGUGUACUCCGGGCUGUUCGGCGACAAGUUCGUCAUCUGGAAAGCGCGCCGUAACAAUGGAAUCAUGGAACCUGAGUUUCGUUUGUGGCUUUUCACGGCGCUGUUGAUCUGCAUCCCAGGUGCGCUUCUCCUCUGGGGAGUUGGGGCUGCACAUGAAGUCCACUGGUUUGGCCUGGUUUUUGCAAUGGGAGUCUUCGGUGCUGCCAUCACUGCCGGCAGCCAGCUUUCAAUAAGCUACUGCAUUGACUGCUAUAAGGAGCUGGGUGAAGACGCCAUUGUCACCGUCAUCCUAAUCCGCAACACCAUGUCUUUUGCUGUUUCCUAUGGUAUCACCCCUUGGGUAGAAAAUAUGGGGUAUCAAAACGCAUUUCUAGUUGCUGCGUUUGCUGCCAUGGCACAGAUAUCGUCCUACUUCGCCAUGAUCAAAUGGGGACGGCAGAUUCGUGCAGCGAGUGUAGCCCGCUAUUGGAAAUACUGUCAAAAAGAGUAGAGAUGUUAAGAAAGCAAUGAGCACAAGACGGAGAAAGAGAAAUAGACUUGUACUAUUAAUACCAGGCUUGCAAGUAUAUUGAGGAAAGAACGGAUGUAAGGACCCCACCGUCGUCGUACGAGGUUUAUAAAUUGCGUCGAUUGUGCAUUUAUCAAUAAAGACGUUCCACAAGACCAAAGCGAGUUUCUAGUGCUUAUGCUUAUUUCUGGGCCCGUUGGUCUCAACUGGCUUCAGCACCGCCUACGACUCAAUGAGGUUAG